CUAAGUUUAUCAGCUGAGAUUAGAUAUGAAAGGUGAUAGACAAGCCUAAACAGUAUGAAAUCUUUACGUGAUUAUGUUUUAGGGCACUGAUUGGGAAAAUCUGAGGCAUCAGAAGGCUCCGUAUCGGCCUGAAAUACUGCACGCCACUGACACGUCAAACUUUGAUCCUGUUGAACCUCGCCCAGAAGUAUCAAGCUUGGAAGAGCUGUCACCCGUUUCAGAUCACGCCUUUUACGAGUUUACGUUUCGCCGAUUUUUCGACAGUGAUGGCCACGGCUGCCCGACGUUGCGGUCAGCUGCGCCAAAGACUCAAGUACGGCAGGCGUCGAAUGGAAUUGAUCAGCGACGCAUGGCGUUCGUAGACUUGCUCGACGGAUUCAGACUCGUGAAAAGACAUGCGCCCCGCUUGUUUGAAGCAAGUACGAAUACUAUUCAUGAUCAUUGCGAGAAGAUUUUCAAGCAACCUUUGCAACUGCCAAAGACGUAG